AUGUCUAUAACAAUUUAUUUUAAUCCUUAUUCACAUAGAAACACUUUUAACAUAAUAGAAAAUACCAAUAAGCAAAAUGUAACUAAGAGUGAUUUCAAUGAAAAAUCAUUGAUGUUCUGAAAGGAGAAAAUCUCAACCAUGCUUUUCCUAAUAUAAAUCCUAACCAACUGUUCCAACCAUUACUGAAGAGUUUUUCAGUUUAUUUGAAAGCCAUGCAAUAAUAAAAUACAUUUGCAUAAAUAAACCUGAUUUCAGAUUAUAUCCUUAUGCAAAAAAAUCAUUCAAUAUAUAAAUAAGAGUGGAUUCAUAUUUAGAUUGGCAUUAAAAUGAAUUUACUAAACUUUUGGAUUAUUCUAAAGAGUGUUAUUUGAAACCUGAUAGGAGAUAGAGUUCCUGAAAAUAGAGUUUCGAGAUUAGCAGACGUAGAGGGUAUAUUACAUUUUUUUAUCAAAACUUUCCUAAACAAUGGCCAACUUAAUUAUAUUUUUGAUUUACCCAACUUUACUAUUGCAGAUUUUAGGUAAUUAGUUUUAUAUUUUUAAGAGCUGUCUGUGAUUUGACUUCCUUAUAUAUAUGUAAUUUCGAUUUCGAAAAGUUCCCUGUUUUAGAAAAAUAUAUUUUGAGAAUUUUUUUUAAAAUACCAGAAUUAUAUCUAACCCAUUAGGAUUAUUUCAAUUUAAUAUCGAAACAAAAAUAUAAAAACCUGUUCAUUUAAUCAAUAUUGGCAAGAUAACCUGAAUAAGAUCUAAUAAAUCUAUAUUUUCAUCCACUUUCAUCACCUUCAAGAGCUGUAAGAUCAUUAUUUUUAUUGGCUACAAUUGAGUAUAAUCAAAAAUUUAUAGAUAUUCUGAAAUCCGAGAAUAAAUUUGAUCAACAUACUCAAAUAAAUCAAAUUAAACAGAACCUUAAAACUAUCUCAAUAACAGAUUUGAGGUAUAUUGUAUCUAUUAUUUUAGUGCAGUAAAUGAAAUCCUAUUGUUAGUAAUGGCAAAUUAUGAAUUUAAUAGUGUAUGGUGUAAUAUAAACUAUAUUUGUUAAUGCCUCAAAUUAAAAAAUAUCUUACAAACAUUCUUGAUAAUUAGAAUGUGA